AUGCCAUCAGCUACAGCUCUGUCGGUCAAUGAGAUCAGGACACUUCACAAGGAGCUCGGCAAGGCGAUGACAGAUGAGUCUGAGAAGGACAUUCUGUCACUCCUCGCCAAGCUCAAGGAAGGGGUUGUGCCGACCGAAGAUCUCAUUAGAACUACAAAGAUCGGACAGAUCGUUGGAAAGCUGAGAACGAACUCUUCGGCAUCGGUAGCAAGCCAGGCCAAGGCGCUGGUACAGGGGUGGAAAGCCAUCAUCGACAAAGAGAGGGCUCAGAAGGGAGGGGAAAAGGGGAAGACGCUGCCAACUUCAGCAAAGGCAACGCCGCCAGCCGGCAAGACCUCUGCAGGUGCUACACCUCCCGUUUCGUCAGUCGGUAGCGCCAGCCCAGCCCCCAGCUCAGCUGCCCAAGAAGCUGUCGCCUCCCCUGCCGCUCCAACGAAGCCAGCAGCGCCGCCUGCUGGCAAGGCGCCCGACUUUGAGAUCCUGAGAGAGAAGACGAGAAAUGCUUGCUUGAAGCUCAUCUUUGACGCUCUGAAGCUGGCAGAUGUCAAGGAAAUCAGUGAGUCCGAUUCGCAACUGUUCUCUUUGGCGCUGCAAAUUGAGAGUUCGGUGUACAAGAAAUUCUGCGCAACAGAGGACACGGUCAAUGCCGACUACCGCAACAAGAUGAGGAGUCUCAGUCUGAAUCUGAAGGACAAGAACAACCCACAAUUCCGCCGCAAGGUCGUCGAAGGUAGAGUAGAUGCAAGCAAGCUGGUAGAUCUGACGCCCGCAGAGAUGGCCUCUGAAGAGCGUCUGGCAGAGAUUCGUACUCUGGAGCAGCAGAAUAUGCUGGUGGCACAGAGUGCUGCUGAGUUGGAGGCAGAGACGGAUGCCUUCAAGUGCGGACGAUGCAAGCAGAGGAAGUGUCGCUACUAUCAGAAGCAGACUAGAAGUGCUGACGAGCCGAUGACCACUUUCGUCACUUGCACAAAUUGCAACAACAAGUGGAAGUUCUGUUGA